AUGUGGAAACAACUUGCCUCAAAAUCAGCUCGCCACCUCCCUUCUGCUCCUGGUCUAUGGGCAUCACCUCUAUCCAGGACCUCAGUUCGCCCUAUCAGUGCGACCCCCAGUAUCUUCAAGGAUGCAACCGAAAGGACCAAAAACAACAUUCAAGAUCGCAAUUCCAUAAACCCCGAGCGCUCAGAGGGCACAAUGUCUGGCACGGACAGCGAGGUUACCCAACAUCACUCUGCAUUUGAUCCCAAAACCACCAAACCGGAAAGCGAGCUCGAGCAGACAGGGAGGGAAAGUGAACAGGAAGGGAAAAGUGGCAAUCCGUUGAAGUCGAGCCCUGCAAAUAAAGAUAUAAAUGCUUGGAAGGGAACUAAAGAGAGUGGAAAGGAGCAUUGA